AUGCCGGCCCAGACGCGCGCGUUGGACAACGGCGCGCUCGGGGCCCUGCUUCGCAAAGUUGUCGGCAGUCGUGACGGCAUCCAUUCCGGCCACAGUGGAGACCAGCCAUCAUCGACUACAGCCGAGCGCGUCCGUGGUCAUCAUGCCGACCGCGAAUCUGCUUCCGCGCUCGCAGCUGCUUCCCAAUGCCUCGCACAGGACUUGCAAGAGGACCGUCCAUCUGAUGCCGCCAUCAACGACGCACGCGAUGGCUCUCAUACCGAGGAGUCGAUCGCACACGCUCUCAAUCGCCUCCUCGUCUCCGGCGUUCUGACUUCACUCACACACUCAUCCCCACCAAGCCGCCAAGAUGUGGAUGCACACGCAGGCACCGCCGGUAUCGGCAUCCGCCAAGCGCUCGACACUCUCUCGCGCACCCUCGCAUCGUCUCCAAAAUUCCUCGAGCACCUCUUCGAACCAUCAUCCCAGUCUUCCACCUCAGCACCCUCAUCCAGCGCGGUCACCCUCGACAUGUCCAACACCACCUUUGAUGUGUGGGCAGCGCCGCGUCUGCUGUGCGCCGCCGCCUCCAUGGUCUCCGCAAGUCGCUCCACCUCUGCCGUUGCCAGCUCAGACUAUUCGCAGCGCUGCUACAAUCUCUCCUUAAACAUCAUGGACAGCCUUGAGCUCCUACUCGCCACUUCGAUCGACGCCGUCGGUCAGCACGACAAUGUCCGCCUCAUCCUUGCCGAGUGCCUGCGAGUCUCGGUGCAGGCUCUGGCACUAACAGGUCAGACCUCCUUCAGCCCGCGCGCACAGCUUCCAGACUACUUUGUACCGUCUGUCGACCUCAAGCAGAUGCUCUCGACCGCAAGUCCCAGCGCCAAGUUCUUCGAAUCAGCCACCCCUGCCCCGUCCUUCCGCCUCAGUUCCCGAAAGGACAGACCCAAGCCCAGCGGCAAGAGCUUGUCAGCCCUCUCGUCCUUGCGGAUGGACGCAGCGUUCUCUUUCCCUCUGCUCGUCGACUCGGACUCCCAGCUCAGUCCUCAUGCUCGGGCAUCAGCCAUCACAGAUCGAGCGUCUGCCCUAGCCACCUCUUCCAUCGAUCUCACGCUCCGACUCGCAGAGAAGUUCCCGUCUCUGGUCCUGGACCUUGCAGACCAUGCUAUGCUGUUACUCAGCGAGCUCUCGCUCCACAGAUGGACACGCGCCAAGCAAAAACAUCCCUGCCCCGCUUUGCACACGCCCUGGGCCGCCCAUGCCUACGAUGUCUUGUCCCGCCACGUCGACUUUGUGGCCGAGUCUUGUCCUGCCAACCUCAUGCGCGUCCUACAAAUCGGCGCCGAGCACAUAUCUGCUCUCGCCGAUGUCGCAGAGGACCCCAAUCUCGAUGACAGACAACGCUUCGAGGUCACUCAAUCGCUCCACACACUUGGCUCCUUCUUUUCUGCCUGCGCAAUAGAGACGCCAAAACAGAGACGUACAGAGCUGGCCUCGGUAUUGCAGCCCUUCCUCGGCCUCCUCACACGUCAAGUCCGCUCCGACACAGAUCAGGCCGACCAGCCGCAAAACGAUCUUCGAUCUUCAGCACUCCGAUGCUUCCUGGCAGCGACCAUCCUGUGUGUCGCCUCGGGAACCCGUCGCUACGACGUUCAACUGCUGCAGGAUCUUGAUGCGCACAUCAUCGAGCUUCUACGGCGUCACAACACCAGCCCCGACACGCAAGAGCUUCCCAGACAGCAGCAUGACUUGAGGCAAUUGCACGCCCUCCGUGAUGUUCUGAGGACGUUGAGCAGCCCUCAACCUGUCUCUCCGAGCGCAGACGACGGCCAGGUCCGCUCGCGCUUGAGAUCUCUCAAAAGACGGAGGCUCGGCAAUCCUGCGUCGUCAAGCAAGGCUCGGGCUGUCAUCGAGUCUCUUCUACCGAUCGAAGCGACACUUCAAGAGCCUGGCGAGGGCCGUGAACUGGCCCGGCGCCAACUCAUCUUGCGAUCAUGCCACGGCAAAGAGGGCGCUUCCAAGAAAGACAAUCACAAGCCCGGUGGCUGUGUCUGCGAAGGUAUAGUGUCCGAAAUCGGCGAAAGCGAAGGUGAUCCCGGAGCCUUGGCCGGUGCAGGACCCAUCGACCCAGAAACGGUGACUGCGCUGUGGGACGAUGUUUUGGCGGCACUCAAAGCGUCCAAAGUAAAAUCAGCUCGAACCGUCGAUAUGCUGCGCCGAUACGUUGCCCACGCUCCCGAGUCGCCGCAAUUCCCGUCCGAUCUCGACGCGGUGGUGCAAAAUGUCGUCGCACGCACGGUGCGGUCGCCAUCGAGGGGCACGCGCUUGGCAGCCAACGAGCUUGCCAUGGCCUGGCAGUGUCGCUUGUUGCGUCAACGCAACGAGGGUAGCGAGGCAGAAUGGGCGGCACAGUUCGCAUGGCUUCCCAACAUCUACGAGUACCUGCUCGGCGACUCCGCCUUGUCGGCCUUCCACGAGACAGCCUUGAUCGGCAUGGGUCGGUUCUUCGAACUUCCGGUCGAGAGCUGUCAGGAGAAGUGCUUGCUGGCGUUGGUCCUCCUCCUCGGUCAUUCCAACCCCUUCAUCAAGGCCUGCGCCUAUACGCAAAUCGUUCAGAUCGCCGCAGCGCAGCGAUGCACUACCUUUCAGCUGGUGCAGAAGCACUUUGAAAAGGUGUCGACAUCCAUCGUCGAACGCUUCAUCUCGAUGCCGGAUCUCUGGACCAGCUUCCUGAGUCUGAUCAAGAUGAACCAGGCCACGUUCUUCAACCUCACAAAGGAGUACACGCUGCCGCACCUCAUCUCCAUGAUCUGCACUGGCGGCCGUGCGGCGGAGGUAGGCACAAAGAUGAUCGAGCUCAUCGCCAGAGCGCUCGGCACCGACGUGCCGCGUCUCUGCCACGACAACAUCACGCCCAUCUUUCGCUCGUUCUUCAUGCGCUCCGCUGCCAUCCGAGACCGAGGCUUGAACACGCUCGUGCAAUUGAUCGGCGUCGAUGCUGCGAGCCUCAAGAUUCUCCUGCGCAGUCGUCAGUCGGACGUGGUCGGCUACCUCGUCGUCAAACUCGGCAAUCGCGUCACGCGAAAGGAGGCGUACGCGGGCCUCGAGUUUAUCAUCGAGACGAUCAACGGGACAGCUGCCGCGGGCAGGGCCACGGACCCGAUGCAACGCAAAUCCAAAGUGGCUGCCUUCCUCAAGAGCGAGAUCCUCGCCAUACUCACAUGGAUCAACCAGGAGCUCUCAGGGGAGCAUGGUCGAAGGACGGCAACGGAGCUCGCUUUUGCUCUGCGCAGUAUCGGUGCACUCGUCGAGAUCAUCGGACCUCCGAUCACCGCAGUCACGCCCCAGAUCAUGGCGACGCUCAACAGCCACCUUCAGCCCGAUGCUCUCAGCCUCGCAACGCUCGAGAGCUGGAAAAUCUUCAUCACUACGCUGCGCUUCGACGACAUCGGGCCUUUUGUCGGUCAGACCGCCGCCGCGCUCUUGUCGGCCUGGGAUCGCUUCAAUCAGGAGAGGAAGCGCAUCGCGGUCUCGAUCCUGCAUUACCUUGUGAUCGAAAACGCAGCUUACCUCAAAGAGUACAUCGACGACAUUCCCAGCCUCGAUCGGCUCGACGCGGAGAUCCCCGAGAUCUGCCGCGGUCUCCGCAGCGUCCGCGACGCCUGGAAUCACGACCGCCGAUUCCGCAACAUCCUGGUGCGCUCCUCGCACGAAAACACUUCGAUCUGCAACGAGUCACUCAAAGAGCUGCAGGCGUUCCUGUCGGAGGAACGCUCCUACAUUGAAGCACUUACGUCGGGCGACUCGUUCAGCCCGCUCAUCGGACAGUGCGUCCGCACCCUGAUGCACGUCGCUGCCCGGAGCGACACGCAACACACCAGCAUUCGCGAUCUGAGCUUCCGCUGCUUUGGCCUGAUUGGAGCGGUGGAUCCCGAUCGUAUCGAGCAUGCCGUGGAAGAGCCGCUCAAGAUCGUCCUCAGCAACUUUGAGGACCAGGAGGAGGCCAUCGACUUUUCGCUCCACCUCAUUCGAGAUCUCCUCGUGCCGGCUUUCCGUGCAGCUACCGACACGACGCAACAGAACGGGCUGGCGUACGCCAUACAAGAGCUGCUCAAAGUGGCCGGUUUCAACAGCUCUAUCUUGGCUGUAGGCGGCGCACGCACUGUUGGGAUCAAGACGCGGCAGCGGGUCGCGGAACUUUCGCAAGACGUUAUCGAUACCAUCACGCCGCUUCUCGACUCGAGGUAUGGCGCGCAAGUCGGCAAACCCAGCGUCCGAGAGACGCCCAUCUACAUGCAUUCCAAGUCGUACAGCGACUGGCUGCAGAGCUGGACGAGUCGUCUCAUCGCAAAGACGGUCGAGAGGCACGAGGCGUCUGUCGCGGCGUCGACUGCUGUGGGGGGCAUCAACGCAGGUGCUCUCAAGGGAGCCGAGGUUGCAUCCACCAUCUUUGGCGUCUUUCGCGUCGCUAUUCGCUCGCACGAUGUCGGCAUCGCACGCCACCUGCUUCCACACUUGGUGCUGCACUCGAUCAUUUCCGGCGAUGUGACGGACCGCGAAGCCAUUGUCGACGAGAUGCAGACGAUCCUGCAGGAUCAGGUCGAGAGCCGGACGAGCUACGACCCGGAGCGCAAGCUGCUGACGGCGCAGACGCUCUUCACCAUCAUGGACCAUAUCGGAGUGUGGAUGCGACGCAAGCGGCAGGAUCUCGCACGCACCUCGCGUCGGCCGAGGAUCGCUCAAGGUGGGGAAGACCUGCUGGUCGGAGUCGAGUCGACUAUGCUGCGUAUCCCCCAAGAGCUGUUGGCACAGGCGUCGCUGCAGUGCAAAGCAUACUCGCGUGCGCUGCUCAACUUUGAGCUUCGAGUGCGAACAAUGCGGGUCCAAGGCAAGGGCGAUCAUGACUUGCAGAGCUACUACGAAAACAUGCACCGGAUCUAUGCCAACCUCGACGAGCCGGACGGUAUGGAAGGCAUCUCGACCCGGGUCAUUUCUCCGUCGCUCGAGCAUCAAAUCCGCGAGCACGAGAGCACGGGUCGAUGGACCUCGGCACAAAGCUGUUGGGAGGUCGAAUUGCAGCAGCGGCCCAACGAUCCGGAGCUCCAUCUCGGCUUGCUCCGCUGCCUCCGCAACUUGGGCCAUUACGACACCAUGCGCACUCAUAUUCGCGGCGCCCUGAGCGCACACCCAGAGUGGGAGGAUCUGCUCGACGCUUUCCGAGUGGAGGGUGCAUGCAUCCUCGGCGACUGGGACGAGGUGGAAGCGCGCACGCAGCGCAGCCAAGCCAAAAGCGCUGAACACUCGAUCGGUCGAGCGCUGCUGGCCAUGCGGCAGAGCGAUGCCGACAUGUUUGGCAACGUGCUGGUCCAAGCACGCCAGGAUCUGGGCAAGCCGUUGGUGGCGGCGGGUACAGCAUCCUACCCGUCUGUGUACGACUCUGUCUUGCACCUGCACAUGCUGCAAGAGCUCGAGAUGAUCCGAUCGCACGCGGGUAGGCACGGCGGCAGUCGAGCGGUCACCCGAGCCAACCUCUCCGACACCGUGUCCGAUCUGAACAAAUCUCUGACGGCACGUCUCAACGCCACGCUGCCUUCCUUCCGAACGCAAGAGCCGCUGCUGAGUCUGCGGAGGACGGCCUUCGCAGCGCUGCGAUCGUCGCUCGGUGGCGGCAACGAGGUGGGCGAAGCGUGGAUUGCCACGGCCAAGAUCGCUCGCCGAGCCGGUCACAUGCAGACGGCCUAUUCGGCGACACUGCAAGCGACGCAGAACCAGGCGACGUUUGCGUUUGUGCAGCGCGUCAAGAUCCUCGCCAAGGAGGAGCAGACGCAUGCUGCGAUCCGCGAUCUGGUCAACUCGCUCAACACGCUCGUCAGCAGCUUCAAGCCAACAGAGCACGGGGAUACGGCCAGGUCGAGCGUGAUCGAGCUGCAGGCCACGGACGCGGAUGGGAGGACGGUGCGGAUCGAUCGGGAUGCCUAUGCCAAGGCGUGCCUGCUGCGGGCGCGGCUGCAGGACUCGACGUUCCGGUACACGGCCAACGAGAUUCUUGAUCGAUACAAGGAGGCCGCCAAGGAGCAACACGACUCGGAGAAGAUGUGGUACCAUCUCGGACACUUCCAAGACACGCACGAGGGCCUGCUUCCGAACAUGGCGAUGCAGCGCUACAACGUGUGCCGGGCCUUCCUGCGAUCGGCUCAGGUGGGCACCAAGUUCUUCUACCGCACCCUGCCGAGGGUGCUGACCAUCUGGAUGGACAUGGCCGCCGACGAUCAGAUCCUCAACUUCAACAAGAAGGGCCCCACCGCCGAUACCGAGCUGGCGCAAAAGUUCGACGCGUUUGCGCAGCUCAACAUCCUGAUGAAGAGGUACAGCCGCAAGCUCAAGCCGUUCCAGUGGCUCGCCGUGUUUCCGCAGCUGGUCGCGCGCAUUGUGCAGAAGAACGAGGAUGCAUGGAUGGUGCUGCAGGACAUGAUCCUGCAGGUGCUGCUCGCCUACCCACAGCAGUCCAUGUGGUCGAUGGUGGCGGGCGCCAGCUCGAAGGACGCCGAGAGGAAGCGACGGUACAACGAGAUCAUCCAAAGGCUGGGUAGCAAGGGCGGCGCGAGCCACAAGGAGGUGGUCAAGGUGGUGGCGUCGUCGCAACGACUGGCCAAGGAGCUGCUGCGGCUGUGCGACUACAGCGUAAGCAAGAACGAGACGGUGCUGAGCAUGGACAAGCUGUUCCCCGGCUUGCUCGAGGUGGCAGGCACGUCGGAGCUGCUGCUGCCGCUGCAGAGCUCGAUGACGGUGCUGCUUCCGUCGAACCAUCUGAUCUCGGAGAUGCAUCGACCGUUCCCGUCGAAUCUGCCGACGAUCCGGACGUUUGACGACACGAUCGAGGUGAUGAACAGUCUGCAGAAGCCGCGCAAGCUGAUGAUCGUGGCGAGCGAUGGCAAUCGCUAUCCGUUCCUGUGCAAGCCCAAGGACGAUCUGCGCAAGGACGCGCGGCUGAUGGAGUUUGACUCGAUGAUCAACAAGCUGCUGCAGAGCCAGCCCGAUUCGCGUAAGCGCAAGCUGUACGUGCGGACGUAUGCGGUGCUCAUCCUGAACGAGGAGCACGGCCUGAUCGAGUGGGUGCCGCACACGGUGGGCUUCCGACACAUCCUCACCAAGCUGUACAACGCCAAGGGGAUGCAGAUCUACAACAGCGAGGUCAAGACGCACAUGGACGAGGCACGCAUCUCGCCGGAUGCACGGACGACCGAGAAGAUCUUCCAGGACAAGGUGCUGGCCAAGUUCCCGCCCGUCUUCCACGAGUGGUUCCUGGCGACGUUUCCGGAUCCGACGGCGUGGCUGCAGGCGCGCUCGGCGUAUGCGCGGACGGCGGCGGUCAUGUCGAUGGUGGGCUUUGUGCUCGGACUGGGCGACCGGCACGGCGAGAACAUUCUGUUUGACUCGAACAGCGGCGAUACGGUGCACGUGGAUCUCAACUGUCUCUUCGACAAGGGUCAGCGCUUCGAGAUUCCGGAGCGGGUGCCGUUCCGGCUGACGCAGAACAUGGUGGAUGCGAUGGGUGUGACGGGAUGCGACGGGGUCUUCCGCAAGAGCGCCGAGAUCACGAUGAGCAUCCUGCGCGACAACCGCGACUCGCUGAUGAGCGUGCUCGAGGCCAUGGUGCACGAUCCGCUGGGCGAAUGGAGCGGACCGGACGAGCGGCAUCGGAGCAAACACUCGUCGUCGAAGCGGCAAGACCCACGUGUGGUCGAGGCGCGUCGCGCGCUGGAUCCCGUGGCGCACAAGCUGGACGGACGCAUCUAUCGGCUGGGCUCGCGCGAGCCGACGCCGCCGUACACGACCAACAACCUGGUGGACGCGCUGAUCAAGGAGGCCACGAGCUCGGUCAAUCUAGCCAAGAUGUACAUCGGCUGGAGCAGCUGGCUGUAG